UAGUCUAUAGUUGAGGCUUUAGAAAUUUCCUUGCAUUUUGCUUGGUUUCACAGAUGCUGUGAAACAAUUAGCUGCUGUUAUUUGUUGGCUGUCAUUUUGAUGCUAUGGGUUUUCUAUUUUAUCUUGAGAUUAUGUUUAGGUGAUGAACUUAAUUCCAGGGAGAGGUGAGAAAGUAUUUAAAAAAUUGGAAUAGUUUCUCUAGUUAAAAUUUAGGUGUUUGCUACUCUGUUGAUUGAAUCAGUGCUUGUCUGAAUGCUUACCAUGGUCAUCUUCAAUAAAAUUCGGAUGAGUUCUCUUAUGACGAAACUGUUGUCGUUUUGGAUCAUGUUGAAAUUCGGUGCUGCUGUUGAUGGAGAUGAAACCAUUGAGCUCAAAGCUGAGGAGUCAAAUUGAAGGUUGUUAUGAUCGAUGUUGUUGUUGUUGUAGAAGGAAUCUUGGUUUUGGUGAUUAUUAUUCUCAGCGGCUUCAAACUGAUGAAUUGGAUGGUGCUGGUGAUGGGACAUGCCACCAUUCAGAAAGAAUUGGUUUUCCAUUCAGCCUUUCCAGAUCAGUGGCAGUGUGUGAAGGAGAGGAAGAAGGAAGCAAUGAAAAUUCCCAUAUUGAGGGCUGCAAUCAUUCCUCACUCUCAACCACUCCUUCAUUCUUCUAUGUUGAUAGGUCAGAGGUUUCAUUUUCUGUUGGGUCUUGCCUCCUUCCUCAUCCAGACAAGAGUUUUCUUCUGCUGCGGCAGAUUCCAUUCAUUCAGUCUUAUGCUGGAGAUGUCAACCGAGUUAUCCACAUUUUUGGUCAGUGUUUUCGUUGGUUUAUGCAUCUUAUUCUUCAACGGUUGACUGGGAUAUUUGUGCUUAUCUAUGGUUUUGUUGAGAGAAAGCAAUUUUCUGCUGACAUCUCCUCUAAGUUGGGAAGUAGUUUCUCUAUUGUUCCCUUUGUCAUUGUGGUGUCUGUUUGCACCAUUCUGACUAUGAUUGCUACCUUGCAUGUUGCACAGCUUUUCUUCUUUCACAUCCUCCUUGUUGAAAAGAGUUAAUGGAAUAGAAUUCGACGAGAUUAAAGUUGAAAUCUCCAAAAGACAGCAGUUAUCUCCCGAAUUUGCAGCUAUCAACCCUUU